CGGGUGAAUUGGUUCUGGCUUUGGAACACGGUGUAGCGCAAUCUACCGAGCACGCAACAGCUAAAGAGUGGAAGUGCCAGAAAUCAGACCAAGAUGGUCAGUCAAUUCGCAAUCAGCCAUUGCAUUCGCUUUUGUGCUCUGUGAAUACAAGAAUUAGAACGUGCUGUGUAAAGAAAGAUUGCGUUGUUUGCCCAAAGGAUAUGUUAAUAACCCAGCUAAAUAUUUUUCACUAGGAUUGAACCGGUAAAAUCUAGAAAUAAAAAGCGAGAAGCUUUGACAAAUUGAUAACGGCAAGCAGCUUUACUCUCGUUAUAUUACAACCAGUUUGGUGUCUGCUGGGCAUCUCUUGCUUUGUGUGUUAAUAAAAUUCAAUUGAAGAUAUUUUAUGUAUGUAGUUUAUAAUGGUAUUAUAAGGUGUGAAAACACGAAAUUGCCUUGUGAGUUCUAUCAGCAAAGGCAAAAAGUUCACAUAAUCGCAAAAGAAACACUGAAAUUUGCCAUAAUGGUUAUGCUUAUGUUCAAUUGUGAUGAUCAGUGGAAUUGGAAAUCACUUCAGAGAAAAGACGCUUCAUCUAAUAGGUAUAACGUUUGACCUUGAACUUGUUUAAAUUUUGAGCCCGAUAAGUGUGGAAGAGAAAAAAAAACAACAAACUUAUACAGUCAGCAUAGCGCGUGAUGACAAACUCGUCAAAUAUUGACGCACACUACGCCUCGAAGCCUGCAGGGAGCGUGGGAAAUGGGCCGCCAGGUGACCACCGGCAAAGUGCUCCACUGCAGUCACAUUAUCAGCAGCACUUCCCUCCAAACCUCACUACGCAGCAUAAUCAGCAGCAAUCAGCAUCGAUCAACCAUCGUUCCCCGGUGGCGAUGACCGGCAACCACGUAGGCACUGCUGCUGCCAUGGUUACGCCAGUCGUCAACGGAAAGCUACAUAUGUCACCUCCGGCUCCAGCAGUAAGAAUGAUUUCCCGCCAAAAAACGACCGUCAGUAAAGGGGAAGAUGCCAAGAGCAAAACACUACCUUCACGGGUGGCACAGAUCUACUACCGGCACGGUCUUUUUCUGUCCAGCUAUCCGACCUGUGCCACCAGCAUAGCCGUCGCCGUCAUCAUCUUCUGCUGCUACCCUCUGCUGAACAUACCUCUACCCGGUACAUUUCCAACCAAAGUGAUAUUCCCGUACACGGACCAGAUCGGACAAAACCUCCGAUUCACCGGCAAUUCCAGUGGCACUUCCGAGCUGUACAAUCCGUUCAGUUUCAAUGGAAACAAUUUCUUCAACAUUUACAACAUCAGCUUGGAGCCGCCGUUUCCGUGGGCCCGAAUCGAUCCGCUUCUGUACGUGCAGCAAAUCAUUAUGCGUUCCAGUGUUGUGCCGUGGGAGGAUGACCUGCAGCUGACCGAUGCCUUUCGGGGCCCGCUGUACGAGGUGUUCAAGCUGAUUGAGAUCAUCAGCAACCACGAGGAUGACAGUAAAACUACGCUUAGUCAUCUCUGCCUGCAUGUCGAAAAUGUGAAACGAACAUCCCAACAGACGCUAUUUCCGGAGUACAAUUGUUUGCUGCUGUCGCCUGCCAAUCUUUGGCAGCAGAAUAUUCAAACAUUCAACAAGGACAACAACCUGUUGAAUACAGUUUUUGUCAAUCAUAACCUGCAAAAAUCGAAAGUGUCAACGUCGGAAAUGCUAUUCGGCAUAUCGCUGCGUGACACCGGAGUCAAACGAUACCCGACCCGAGUACGGCCACGGAUCGUUCAGUACGCGGUAACGUUGAUCCUGCGCGAAAACAAUCCAUCAUUUAUCGAAUCGCUGAAGGAGAAGCUAUCGAAAAACUACCCACUGCAUGCACCGAUCAACCGCGACAGAGCGACGGCCAAACAACCCCAAUCGAAGGCAAGCGAUGAGCAGUCGUCGAUCAUGUACAUCUUCUAUCCGGGCGAGUUCGAUUGGAAGGAAUUUCUGCCCCAGUGUAUUGCCAUCGUGAUGCUGUUUUCGUACGUGUACUUCUCCGUUCGGAAGAUCGAAGUCAUACGCUCACGGCUGGUGCUCGCCACCAGUGCCGUGUUUACGGUGCUGGGUUCGCUGCUGAUGUCGCUGGGGAUGUGUUUCUUCUUCGGACUGACAAUCAGCCUACAAUCGAAAGGAGUCUAUCCGUAUUUGGUGAUUUUGGUCGGGCUGGAAAAUGUGCUGGUGAUUACGAAAAGUGUUCUGACGACGGAUAACAAUUUGGAUGUUAAAAUACGAAUCGCGCAAGGUUUGUCCCGGGAGGGUUGGUCUAUAACUAAGAAUCUGUUGGGGGAAAUUACCAUUUUAACGAUCGGGUUGUGUACGUUUGUACCGGUGAUUCAGGAGUUUUGUAUCUUUGCCAUCGUUGGACUGGCGUCGGAUUUCUUUCUACAAUUGAUGUUCUUUUCGACGGUGUUGGCUUUGGAUAUCAAACGGGUGGAGUACAGCGCUGAAGUUAGACAGAUUCCGAAAAUGUUGUACUACAAUAGUGAUUCGCGAAGGAAUACAAGCGAAGCUACCCGCAAUGGUGGUAUCAGUCGAUCUAUGUCCCAUCCAAAGUUGUCUGCAAUGGAUCACAGUGGGAAUCAUAUAAAGAAGAAUAGUUUGACCACCUCCGGUAAUGGCAAAGACAAGAAAAUUCCAAAACGACUGAAAAUAGUCAACUUUUGGGCUAAGACCAGAUUUUUCCAACGAGGUUUUAUGAUUUGGAUGAUUCUGUGGAUUUCAAAUAUUAUCUACAACUCAGGGCUGAUUGAAUACAUGAUUGAUAAGAAUCUUUCAGCCCACCGGGCUGCCAGUGAAGCCAGUAAAUUGGACAUUCCAGUGAAUGAAUGGCAUGAUCUCAAAUCCGCCGAAGCCGGUGGGCACUUGAACUACAAUAACUACGCUUCGGAAGCGGAGCGGAACGGCAAUAGCGAGCAGAUUUUCAAUAUUACGGAACAGUUGAAGCGCCUGAAGCAUCCUGACUACGAAACCGUGUAUCAGCUGUCGAAUUUUCAUUGGUCUUCAAUUUUGAAGCAAUACAAUAUAUCCCUCUCCGGGCGGUACGUAACAGUACUGCCGUCAAUUAAGCUUUCGCAUGCAGUCAGUCCACAGGUCGCUAUCAAAUUACGAAACCCAGAUGAGCAAGCCCCACAUCACUUUCAAUGGAAGGCCCUGGCAGCGGCUUUAGAUCCGUUGGAUCUAAAUGACAUUGACACCGGGGACAAUCCGAACAUAAACAAUGGAAACGCUCCCUUCUAUCCUAAAACACCGAUGGAAAUUAUUCUCAGUUGCAUGCUAAUUGCGGUCAGCAUAUUCGGAGUUACGUACGGGUUGAUCGUCAUAUAUCGCUGCAUGUGUACAAGAAACUAUGCAGAAUGGCGUGCCAGUUGGCACGAUAGCGAAAGCGAAACGGAACCCAACCAGGAGCAACGCAUUCUGGAAGGUGUAGCCGUUCAAGUUAACGGACACAAGCAUCGCAUCGAGUGUUUGGUAACGGACGGUAACAUGAUUGCCAGUUCAUGUUUGCAAGGCCAGGUUAAAAUUUGGGACGUCACGAAUGGUGAAUUGGUAGCGGAAAUCCACCGUUCAAACCACAUCGAUAUGCAGCGAACAGAACCACGUCGUUCGCCUCGGGAUUCGGUGAUAAUAAAAAGCGAACCCUCCAGCGCCAAUGUUACCGGAAUGCAGGAAUUAUUCCCCGAGAGCUCUCCAACCAGUUACAAACUGAAGAAAAAGCUUCACUUUAACUUUAACGAUCACGAUCAUCAGCUCGCCACUGACUCUGUGAAUCCAGUGAAAUUCAAUUUUGCUGCCCAGUUUGAGAAACACUUUACCCGAGACCGGGAAUUGGCUCAAAAGCAUGCAUUCUGCAAUGGAGGUAUCGCCACGGAUCACCUGCGAAAUCGAUUUCUGCCCAAUAGCACAACCGCAAAUGAUAAAAACUCCCCCGGUUCCGUGCAGUUACGGCGAUCGCGCAGCGGAGAAGAUGAGCAUUCGCAGCACCAGAUUGGACCUGGUGAAUGCUCUCAACCACCUGGACGAAAGAAAGCCUACCAAACCUCGCCGAUCUGGUGUUUGGAUUUCUUGGAUAAUCUCAUCGUGAUCGGCUGCGCCGACGGGCGGUUAGAGUUUUGGGAAGGGACGACUGGUAAUUUUAAGGGCAUUUACGAGGCCGAGACUACCCGUAAUAAUGGGGUGACUAACAUCAAACUGGCCGGCGAUAAAGUGGUAGUGGCGAGGCUAAGUGGACGCAUCGAUUUUCUCCGGCUGGAAACCUACACACAGGGUCGGCAGAUUGACUGGGGCUUCACGUCGGCCUACAGGCGAACUCACGUGCGCACCGGUUCGGCGGGCAGCAUCGGUCUUUUCCAGCAAUCGGCCGGCGCAAAUACGCCAGCGGGCGCAACAAGUCAGCACCACACGUCCGAGGAGGAGCUCCGUUGUGUGCUGGAAUUUCACCAGCAGGGUCACCAGAUGCCGGUUACCUGUUUGGAAGCGGCCGGCGUUACCGUCAUGACGGGCAGUCAAGAUCAUACGGUGAAGGUGUUCCGUCUCGAUAGCCAUCUGCUGCAAUUCACGCUGCACGGCCACUGUGGCCCUGUGACGUGUCUCUUCAUUGACCACUGGCAGGUUGGAAUGGGCGCUUCCGGUUGCCAGGAUGGUGUACUGUGCGUGUGGGAUCUGAUACGCGGGGCCUGCAUGUACAAAAUUGAGGCACAUGACGACUGCAUCGUUGCUCUUGCCUGUUCGCCCAGCUAUGUGAUCUCGCUAGGACUGGACGAACGAAUACGGGUCUGGGACCGUUUUCAGGGCCAGCCGCUUACAACUAUGACCGUUAGUCAUGCCUACUCUUCAUUGGUGAUGCUUACACCGUCGUUGCUCGUAACCGGAAAGCCAGGUGCUCUGAUAGUGUGGGACGUCCGAACCGGAGAGGUUGCACGAGAGGUCAAACUAGAUUGCUCCAAUUCACAGCUCAGUCCGAAGAUAAUGCUGCCGGCUUGCGGAUCGGUGAUCUGCGACUACGGCAAUCAGAUGAGAAUUGUUCGCUUUCCGCUGGUCGCUGCGGAUAAAUGUGAUUAAAACGAAACGAACAAAAAAAAAACAAAAAAGGAAAACUGCGAUGCGACAAAAGACUUUUACACAAAAACAUUACAAGACAAAGUUAUUACUCAUAGUAAUGCAAAGCAAACCAGUUACGUCAUCUAAAGAUACUAAAAGUAGCUUAAUUAUAGUUUUUUUUGUACUAGAACUAGUGGAUAGAGCCUUGAAAUAAGUCGGGAAAGUCGCUGUGUGUUGGCUAUUUUAUUUAUUUUCUUCUCGGAGGUCUCUGUCGUUUCAAACUGUAGCUUAGUGUUAGUUUUGCUCAAUAUUUACCCAGUUAACUGUUCAUGUUGCGAUUAAAACAACUCUUAUACAUAUAAGUGCAUUGAGAAAUAAGCAACAGUGCAGCUCUCUAGUGAAAGUUGAUUUCGUUUUAAUAAUUUAUUGUGUUAUUUGACUUAUUCUAAUUUUAGACUGUAAAAAAUGCCAUUGAAAAUCUUUACAAAAGUCGGUAACGAAGGUGUCCUUAUUAAUGAAAACCAUUGUACCAGUUUAAGCCUGUCUCAGAACGGUGAGGGCCUUGUAACAAAAGAAUCAAAUUGUUGUUAUUGACAGAAAAGAGAGUACUCACUCUCAAUAAGAUAGGAAACUAGAAUUUUAAUGCUACAAUAUCACUUACAAACAACAAACCUACACUCACGCAUGUGCAUAACAUAUAUGUAUACAAGCAAUUAUUCGACCAGAAGAAAAUAUCAUGCACUAAAGACAAA